UAUUGUAUAAAUCAGCUGUUUAAUUUCAUUUGAUAUAUUUGUGGUUGAAAGGUGCUUUAAUUUUACAUAGCCUAUCAGCUUUAUUUUUUUAUUAAAUUUACAGUAAUUAAACUGUUACAACCCUAUUGCUAUACUUUUAAUAAUUUUAAGAAACAACGCAUUAACCUAUACGUUAUAGCUUUAAUCUGUAUGAUAAAUUUAAAUGUGUGGAAAUAAUAUAACAUUUUAAAAUUUGAUCUACGGAUUGAGAACACUUCAUUAAAUCAGUGUCAGUUAAUAUCCACUGUGCAAAAUUACCCGGUUGUGUGACAUGGCGUUCAUGAUGAAAAAGAAAAAAUACAAGUUCUCUGUGGAUGUGUGUAUAGACGAAUUAACAGCUGUUCCUUUCGUGAGUGCUGUCCUUUUUGCCAAAGUACGCUUACUAGAUGGUGGGAGCUUCAGUGAAACCUCUAGCAGGGAAGAAGUUCAAGAUCACAAAGUCAAAUGGGGUGCCAAGUUCUGCUUCCAAUGUAAGAUGUCUGCCAACGCCUCCACAGGUGUUCUUGACCCCUGUAUUCUCAGGGUAUCUGUUAGAAAGGAAGUGAAAGGAGGCAGAUCAUUCCAGAAGUUAGGGUUCUGUGAUCUAAACCUGGCAGAAUUUGCCGGGUCAGGCCAGACGAUGCGUAGAUGUCUACUAGAGGGCUAUGACACCAGGCAUCGGCAGGACAACUCUAUGCUGAUGGUCAACAUUAGUAUGAACAUGCUUUCCGGAGACGUUUUGUUUAAAGUACCGUCACCUUCACUAAAGCACAAACAGAUGACAGUGAGUGUGGCCCCUGAGGAGCCUACUGACAGACAUAGAGAGGACUACUCAAGCGGCUCCAUUGCUAGCGGCAGCUCUGGUUGUGGCAGUUUAAAGAAACGACCAGCUCUGUUUAAUUCAGCAGUACGUUCGCCGCUCGCCCACAACAACACUGAACUGGACAGGGGCAGGGCCGCGGACAAGGCUAGGGGGUGGUGUGGCCUCAAGCAGGUUAUUGCUACUUUGUUAGUUUACGCCUUUGGCUGGAUCUCUGGGAGACGCCAUGUUGUUUUGCACACUGCAAAAAGCCUCCAAGAACUGGUGUCUGGUGUGGAGGGAGGUCUGUUAGAGCCUGGGGACCUAGGCAUCAUUCCUGUGACUACGGAGACAGUUCCUGAAGAGCCCCAUGAUGCGGCACCAGGUCAUUCACGUAACUCCUCUAACACCAGCCAGCUCAGCAAAGGCUCCGGCUACGGUAGCCUUAACAGUCAGAGUCAGCACUCACGUCAGUCUAGCUCGGGUGACUCUGGCCACAUUAGGUCCCCAUCUUGGCCCGUGUGGAACCCCCGUUUGGCCCCCCUCCCCUCCACUCCCACCACCACACCCCCAUCACCCAAACAAGCCCCCUUAUCCCCCCAGAGGUUGAGCCCCACCAAGACUGUGGCCGGAGUCAGUAAUGGUCGGUAUCGGGGUCACCACAGUCCUCUGUCUCAUCGUACCACUCCCCCCAGUCCUCUACUUAUGACCCCCCAACGACCCACCCAAGGGACCAACUUUAGGUUUCCCCCUUGGUCAGGACCAUCCCCAAGAGCGGCAUCAUCCCCUGCCAUUCCCUCUCCUCUUUCUCCUUUGGCCAACCCCCUACUGGCUGACAACACCAACCAGAGGAAUGCUAGCAGUGGGUCAGGGCUGAGUGAAACAGGCUCAUUGGACCGUGGCAAGGCAGCGCUGGAGAGGCGAAAGAAGGCAGCAGAGGAAGGUGGAGGUGGAGGAGGCAGAGUAGAGGCCUCACGAGUCAACCCUGAUCCUCUCAUUGAGCAGUUGAUCAAGGCUACCAACCUUGAGCAGCAAUCAGAGUCUGAAACCUCUGGAUUACAAUUGUACAUUGCGAAAGAUGGCACCACAGCCCUCGGGAGUCACGAAGUCAAGUCUUUAGGCGUGUUCAAACAAGUCGUGAUGGACGACAGGUAACAUUAGCCGAGGGGCUGCACGCCGCUCCCACUCCAAGUUACCAUUACUCUCAUCUGCUAUCUUUCAUUUUUGUAUAAAAUAAUUAUGUAUAUUGUAUAAAGCUUAGUGAUAAAGAAAUACUUUGACAACGGGCUUAGAAUUGUACUGUAUGCAGGAUGUCCAUUCCAUAAGAUUCAGUGUUUACAAACUUAUGCUGCACAUAUGACUGUAUUUAUUUAAGCAGUAUUCAUAUGUUGGAAGUAGACGGCAUUUCAUUACAGUUGCUUUUUCUUUGUGAUUUCAUUUAAAAUGUAUUUGAGAAGCAACAGGAUUUAUUCUUGUCGCCUUCUUAACUAUGUUAAUCAAAUGUGUUUUAUGAUAUAAAUAGUUUUAUACCUACUAAGCAGAUUUAGUAUCUGUUACCAAAAUAUGUAUUUUUCUUCCAAACAUUAUUGGUUAUUUUUUGCUAUGUUUUAUUUGGUAUUAUUACCAAUGACAGAAUAGAGAGUCUGAAGUUAAUGGCAUUUUCUUCCAUCAUGUUCAUGAGCUGGGCAAGCAUUAGUUUUAUAUAAGCGUUUUGUUAUAAACUGUUCAAUACUAAAACAUGUUGUAAUUCAUGCAUUUUUAUAACUUUUGGUGUUAGUUACAAAUUUAAUUUUUAGUUAUGGUUAACACCAAUUGCUAAGGUCAAACAAACUGAUCCUAGUCGCAUCAAUGCGACACUAGCAUUUGGAGGAUUAAGCUUAAACGUAUGAAAAAAACUGUAAAAAUAAUAUGUACAUAUUUCAUCCUAAUCAAUAUAUUGGUUAAAAUAAUAUAUCUGUGAAUUAAAACCCUGCUUUUUGGCCGCUCCUGUACUUAUAGUUUUAGUAAAAUGGGAUUUCAGAAGCAUGGUUUAAGAUAAAAAGCAAUGUAUUUUUGUUAGUAAUAAUGCUAUUUAAGUGGCCUUAAAAAUGUUUUUUGAAAAUUUUGUUUGUGAUAAGUAUAUUUUGAAACAUUUUCCCCUAAGACUGUGUUUCAUACUUCAUUUUUUUGUACAUGAGGCUAAUGUAUACUUUCAUAUGCGAAAUUGCUUGCCCAUCUCCCACUCGAUGUUAUUUAUUAUACUAGAGUGAUUCAACUGUUUGUCAUACUUAACCAUUGCCAAUUUUAGCUAUUUACUGUAUAUUACUGUAAAUUAAGGUCAUAAUAAUUAAUUGACUCUUGAUGUAUGUGAGUGAAGAAAUGUUAAUUUUAGAAGUGCCUGGUUUUUGUGAAGCUAAAUUGAUACUUUUAUUCAUAGUUUAAAUAAAAACUGAACAUUUCUCUUUACACUCUGUACAAAUUUGGUUUGGUUUUAAUGGACCCUUGUGUUGGUUCAGUAAUUACCUCUGUGCUGGUGCAGUCACCGUCAUUAACAUAUAAUUCUCACUUCCACAACUACACAUGGUGCCGUACUGCUUAUUCAAUGCUAUAUACAGCAGUUUUUUUAUCUUUCCAAUUUAUUGUUAACCCUUUUAGUGUGUCAGAACACAAAAAAUAAAUGUUUCUAAAAAUGCCAUUUACAUUUUUUCUCAACCUUUAGAGGUAGUAACAGUAAAACUAAAAACUUUUUUAUAUGUGUUUUCAAUUAAUGAAUUGUAUUUGUUAUUGUGUUUAAUAAAACUAUGUAAUUGAAAAUCAUAUAAAACAUAUAUGUCUUACUAAUUUAUAAUUUUUUUUAAACAAGUAAAUUUAUAAUUAGUAAAAAUUAAGAAAUAUUUUGCUGUUUCCCAUCAAAAUGGCACUUAAAAAUAUUUUCCAAAACAAGUUGAACUAAAAAAUGGCAUGUUUUCAUAAAACCUUAUUUUUAAUGAAGGUUUAACCGGGACUUAUAUUCAUUAUAUAGGAAGAAUAUAAUGUGAAAUAUAUUAUAAUUGUAUUGUUUUGUUUAAACAUGUACGCUGAUAUAAAAAAAUUAAAACGUCAUAAUUUAGUUUAUUUUUUUCUCCUAGGUUUAAUUUACUAGUUUUCUACACAGAGAAUUAAAAUUAUAUGCUGAAAAUGAUAAUAAUGUUAGAUACUAAUUUUUCUCACAUAUUUAGGAUAAUUUUUAUGAAGGAAUUUUUAAUUAAUAUGAAAAAACUGAGAAAGUUAUUUGUUAUGUGAUGUCUGUACACAAUGUUCAUACAUUUGUUGUAAAAUCUCAAACUGUUAUAUUUAUAAACAUUUUCAUUUUUGGCAUGACUUCAUAUGCUCAUAUAUACUGACAUUCACACUAAAGGGGUUAACUUGUAUCUUUAGCAUUGUUUUAAUUAUUGUGAGAUACAAAGUGUGUUUCAUUAUUAAAUAGAAAGUUUAGUCCUUUGAGUGUUAUAGGAUGUAUUCAACAUUUUGUUUUAUUGUGAAUAUUUUGUAUGGUGCUACUUAUCUUUACAAAUAGUACAGGAUGGAAAAAGUGACUGUGCAUAAAUAAUGUUAGUUUAAACACAUAAAAAAUAUUUAAAUCGCCCUUCUUCUCUUCAAAAUUGGGAAACAACUCAAAUAUGGUUAGUUGGUUUUAGUUUUCUUGUUAAGACCUCAAACCUUAAGGUAUUAAUGUGACAGUGCUAGAGACAGCAAGAAACUUAUUUCUAUUCUACAAAAAUUAUGGUCAUUAUAGUAUCAAAAUUCAUUUAUCUUUUUUAUUUUUAGCAAACAAUCAUCAUUUGAAAGGGAAUAGAAAAUGGUAGAUAUAAGGUCCCUUAUUGUUUAUUUUUCCUCAUGAGACCAAAUUCAUUCUAAGUUAUUUCCAUCAGACAUCUAGCUAUAUUAGAGCUUUGGAGCUGUUCUCAUUUCUGGAAAUAAAAGUUAAUAUUUAAAACUAAAUGAUUUUGAAUAAAGUGAUAUGGUUUCUUGGCGUAGUUUGAUAUUUUAUUACAAUAUAAUAACUGAAGUUAUACAAAAUUGCAUUCAAUAUGGUUAGAAUAUAACUCAUAUAUCCAUUUUUGAGAGGGGUUGGGUAAUAAUGUAUACCUCCAUAAUAGGCAAAUUGUAUUUUAGUUUUCUAGUAGAGAGAAGCAAUUUUUGAACUGAGAUCAUAUAUUCUAAAAAGUAAUUUAUACUGUCCAUUACAUUUUGUAGACCUAUAAGAAAGUGUGAGUCAUCCAACCGUAACCACUAUUCCAAUACACUUUUUAGUUGGAAAAAUGUAAAGAAAUAUAAACAAGUAUAUUGUAAAAUCAAACAUUCAAGUCAAAAACACUCUUUGAUUUCAUUUGAUUUGAAUACUAUUAUUUCAGAAAAUUGCAAGAAGUAUUAGAAAUAAAAGUCAGCUUAUUCAGUCAGCGUGGUACAUGUCAGCUGAUUCAGUCAGCUGUUGGCAUAUAAAAACAGCAGUUUUUUCAUAUAAAAUUGUGCAUUGCACAUUGCAACACUGACAUUUAGCUUUUGUGUGCUCACAUGUAUGAUCAAAUUUUGUUGUUUAUUUUGAAGAAAUAUUUUUGAUGGAGCUGACAUUAUUUGUGAAUUUUGAACAAAUGGAAAAUAGUUAUGUUUUAAAAUUGUUCUGUGUAAUUAUUGUUCAAAAAGCCUUAGUGCAAUAUUUAUCUUAUUCAGAGCUAAAUUUGAAACUAUAUGUAUAUUUUGGAAAUGUUAUUACUACAUUUUGAAAAACAUUCAUACUUCAUUUUUAUUUUCAAAGCAUAAUUUUUUAAAACCAUGCCACAAGUUGAAAACACCCUGCACUUGAAAGUGUUAUGGUUAGCACUUGGAGGGUUCAUGAGUAGUCUGACCAUAUUAGUCAGCAAAAAAUAAAAUAAAAUAUAUCAUUUGAAAUUGACAGGAACCUAAAUCACAAGUUACUACUUUUCUAAUGUACCAAGACCUAUUCUACACUGAAAAGAUUAGAUUUGAGUACAAAAUCAACUAGAAUAUCUUAAUUGAAAGUUGUAUGAAUUAGACUUCUUCUGAUUAUUUCUAUAGACUGACAAAUUAUUUUAAAGUUCAAUGUUGACAGCUUGGACAGCUGCUAUAUUUAACAAUUAAUGUUCAAAAUGUUUGCAAAUGUUCAAAUGAGACAUUGCAAAAUUAUUGUAAAUAUGCUAAGUUAAAGUUUUUUUAGUAAAACAUGUGUAAAAAAUGUUAACAGAAUUUAACAAAUUUUUAAUUAUAAAAAAGAAGAAACCAUGGAAAUACAGGUAUGUAACAUUUUUUAUAUAAGUAUAAUAAUUUUACUUUUUUUAAGACGGAACGUUAAUCAGCUACCAGCUAUGCAUCUGAGGCUCUGCUUUUAACAUGGGGCUAAUUUUUAAGUGUGUUUUAAAUGGAAACUUGUCUCAUUGCGUAUACAUUUUUUUAAAUGUCAGUUAUUACUAAUUGUUUAUAAUUUAUAUCCAGUAUAAAUUUUGUCAUAAGAAGUUUUAUGCUGAAUACAAAUUAUAAAUAAUUAGUCAACUGAUAAAUAAUAGGAUUUUUAAUAAUUCAUUAACACUGAAACACUAAAAUCUAAGUUUUAUGAAAUGAAACCUUUAUGGAUUUAAGAAGAGUCUCUUUUUAUAACACACUUUUAAAUUUACCCCCAUAUUAUAACCUGAGUCUCAGAUGCGGGGCCAGCAACUAACUAGCAUUCCCUCUUAAUCACUGAAAAUGCCCCACAUUAAAUUUUACGCACAUAAUUCGGGGCAAGUGCUCAAAUUGUUAAGAAAUCAUUUAUGAUUAAGAUUUUUUAAUAGAGUUUGUUAAACCAUUUAAAAUUAAUUCUUCAAUGGCUGAUGUUUACCAUUUUAAAAGGCAGAGCAUAUAAGCUACUUAUUACUAAAUUAUUGAUAAAAAGACUUCAUUUGAAAAUUGUUUUGUCAGAGAAGUUGCAUUGAAAGUGCAAAAUCAAGUUCUACUAAAAUGUUGUAUUUAUGAAGUGUGUUGUGAAAUGAAAAGCUAUUAAAUUGGUUAUUAAGUUACAUUUGCACUGGUAUUCAUAAUAGUGGAGAUGGCAAGAUGCCAAGGGAGUUGCCAUUAACAUUGGCAUUGGCAGUGUGAUGUUUCUAUAUUAUUUAGAAAUUAAUAUUGUAAUAUAAUUUUAUAUAAUAAUAAUAGUUUUUGUAAUUUACUUACAUAUUUUCUUAAUUAUUAAAAUUUUGUCAUAAAAUUUAAAAAAUUUUCAUAAAUUUUAAGACAUGGCAUGAAAUAAUUUGUACCUCAAUCAUCUCAUCAUUUUCAAAAUAUCCAAUAAAGUAAUUCCACUUAGCAAUAUAUAUUUUAAAAUUAAUGUUAGAUCUAUUGUAUUUAUACUAAACUGUGACUCUGUAAUGAGUAGCAGAAUAUCCAACAAAUUGUCUUCAAAAUGCUUGAAUGCCAAAUUUAUUGCAAUUGCAAUCUACAUUGAAUACCUUUUUCGUUUAAAAUGUAUUUAUAAAUUAAUUCCUAACUAUUAGGUAAUGGUCAUUUUAUGAAAGUUGUAGGAAUAUUAUUAUAAUGCUUUGGCAGCUCAAUAAAAGACGAGCCUUAAAUUUAAAAAACUUGAAGAGAAACUAAAAAUUAUAAUAAGUCUGAAUUCCAUGAUUCAAUAUAGAAUUAGUACUCUUAUUUCAGGGUCACCAUAAUAAAACAUUUAUAGUAUCAAACUUUUAUAACAAGAUAUCUUCCUUGAAUAAGUUAAUUCACCAGUCUCAACCAAUAAAAAUUGCAAAAUGGUGUUUGCAUUUUUGCAAGUUUUUACCUAGUCUUUUCCUGUAUACUGAUCAAAAUUGAAACGUCUUUUUUAUGUUGUGCAGUUUUAAGCAUCUUUAGUACUUAUGUAUUUUGAAAUUUGUUAGUUUCCAAAUAGUUGCUGUCUUUAUUUUUGAAAAGGAAUAGUUAUAUCUUAGUUAAUAGAUAUCGUAGAUCAAUAUGAAAACAGAUUGUAGGAUUCCCAGGUCAUUAGAACAAUUUCUUACAAGUUUUUUAAUAUCUUGUAAGGUUUCCACAUGUUUACCUAACAACAUUUUGAAGAAUGGAUACUACUGAAACAUUUAUAAACAUAAUUUCAACUGUAAUUUUCUAGUGAAUUUUACUACUAUUAAUUUAAAAAUUGGUAUCAAAUUAUGUCCCCACCUUUAGUAAUACUGAUAUGUUCACAGCUAUUUUAAGUUAUAUAAUGUCACAGGUUAAAAAUUAAAUUGUUUAACAAUGAAACUUUAAAUUUAAAAGACAAACAUUUAAAUGAUAAAUUGAAAACAAACACACACACAAAAAGAAGUGAGACUGCCUUCGCGAUCGCUAAUUGACAUUAAAGGGUCAGAAGAUGAGAUACCAAAUCCUGCAACUUGGGUAAUUUAGUUUUACAUUAAAAGAAGUGUAACGAUCAGGUAUUUCAAUCUUAUUUUUACAAAUGAGUCUUAAUGGAAUCCUCUUUUUAUACUGUUUUAUAAUACUUGUAUAUUAUAUUCUGUCUUUAUUAAUACAAAAGCUAACAUAGGAUUCAGCAUUCUCCCUAAAUCAAAAUCAUUUAAAAGUUGUUAAAAACAGUACAUUUGAAGUGAUACAUUUUCAAGUAUUUUUAGAACUCUCCCACCAUAAACUCCUCCCCCUUCCUCAAUCUUCCAGAAAAUAAGCUCCCCAUUUCAAUAUGAAUCCCUAACUAAUGGAUUUUCUUUUUCACUUUAGUAAGAGACACGUAAAUGGAAGCUUUCUCAUACAUAUAGACUAACAUGAAAUGGUUGUGAAAAUAAGUUCACUUUUUGUAAUAAAAAUAAUUGGAAUGUUAUAACAAUAUUAAUGAUGUCAUGUGCUGUUUGCCUUUAUUGAUUUGGACCAAGUGGUUAAUAAUUAAGAGUAAUUUAUAGAUAGAAAUCAAAUUGCUCAAAUAUGAGCCAGUUGAGUUGUCUGUAAUGGGAAUUAGUUUAAUGGUAUUAGCAAGAUACUAAAAGUAAUAAAAUUAGUUCCAUAAAAAAUGUAUUUAAAAAUACUUUUUAAGCUUAAAUUACUAUGAUAUACUGUGGUUUGUUACUAUUAAUAAUUGUUCUUUGGUAUGAUACAUUAAAGUAACUUAGAUUAUGGUCAAAUAUGUUUGCAGUUCUCUUUCAGAUUGUGUCUUCCGAUAAUAGUUAAUGUUUAUUUUUGUCUUCCGGAUCAUUGUAAUACAUUCCAGAAAUAUCAUUUGGCGUACUUACUCAGACAAUAAUGUAAUGUUUUAGCUCUUCUAUCCAUUUAUUUAUUGAAUACAUAUCUAAUAAAAACAAAUCAAAGCCUAUUUUUAACACAUUAAAUCUAAAGAGAUUUUUGUUAUGAAGUGUUCAGCCAUGUAAUGCACAGCAGAGAGAAAAUAUAUCUCUUUGGAAUAACUAUUCAUAGCAAAUCCAAAGGCCGGGACUAGUACUACAAUUGACAACGUCUAGCACAACACCAGCAAAUUCUGUUGAAUGGUCUUAGUUACUACUGUCAGUGAGUGUCUCGAACUUGGAUUGUGUUUAAUGUAAGACAUGGUUAAAGCUGAAAACCACAUAGUAGAUGGCUGGAUGCAAAAUAAUUUCCAAAGUAUUAUUUGUUAAAGCAGAAGUCUCACGGUUGAAAUUUAAUCAUUUAAGCACUGUAAGUGAGAUUAAUAACAUAAAUGAUUAAAAACCACUUGUCACAGUUUGAAUUUAUCUGUUACAAAACGUCAAUGUGAAUUUAUAAUAGCUUGUAUUUUAUUAGUGUGGUCAUUGAUAUGUCAUUUUGUUAAUCGUAUUUAUUGAAAACAUUGUAUGCUCAUUGUAACAUAACACACAACUGCUAUUUAACAGUACGCAUGUAUCGUUUAUGUGCUGUACAAUAAUACUUUAGCUUCCUACUUGAUCAUGUUGAGAUAUAGUUUACAGGUAAGAGAUUGUACAGGCUACAGAAGAUUGUAUGUGUUCACCAUUGCUAAAUACUAUUUGUAUGUCUGUAAAGUUCAUUGUGGUCAACAUGAAAAUAUGUGAUGUCGUUUGUACGUAUUUUUUUUAAGCCUGUUUUAAGCAAUGAUGUUUGUAUCAUAUCGUUAUUGCGAUUACUAGAAAAUGAAAUAAAAUUUGAAUUCAAA